AUGGCGGAAUUCAACCCCUCCGCCGCCCCGGCUCCCGGCGCGCUCGCUCCCACCGGCUCGCGUCCGCAAACCCGCGGCCAAAAGCCUUCUUUCCCCCGCUCUGCUUCGCUGGGCGCUGGCGGAAAAUCCUCCCCCGUACCUCCAACCGCUUCGAGCGCAGCGCAUGAGCGCGACCUCCGCAGGCGCUCGUCCGCGGCGGGAUCAGCGGGAGCGGAUCUCGGCGCACGAGUCGCGGCGGCGGCGGCGGCGGUGGCGGCAUCCGUGUCAGCGGCAAAUGCGGCUCCGCUGGUUGCUCCUACGGUUGCUGAGCCUUCCGUCGCGGCAGAGGCGGCGGAGGCUGCUGCGGAGGCGGCGGCGGCCGCAGCGGCGCAGCGGAUCGCGAAAGCGCGGGAGCUGAUGGAGCGGCUACACCAGCCGACGGCGCACGAGAUGCGCCAGCAGCGGGAAGAGGCGGAGCGGCGGGAAAAGGCGCGGCAAGAGAUGCUGGAGAGGCAACAGAACGAGGAGCGGCGAAAGCAGGAGCUGGUAACCCGCGCGGCGACGAUCAUCGCGACCGCGGGGAUGCCGGGCGCGCGAGAGUUCCGCGCGGAGCAGGAGCGGCGGGAGGAAGAACGGCGCGCGCAAGAACUGCGCGAGCAGGAAGAGCGGGAGGCGGAAGAGCGGCGGCGGAGAGAAGAGGAGGAGCGAAGACAGAGGGAAGAGGAGGAGCGGCGGCAGCGGGAAGAGCGGCGCCAGCAGUUGAAGAACCGGGCGGCAACGAUUGUCGCUAAUGCGCCUUCGUGGGAGCAGGCGCUACAGCAGCAGCUGAAGCAGCAGGAUCAUAGUGCCGCUACAGCCGGUUUACUAGAUUCGGAAAAUUCGGGCGUGAAUGCGAGUGAAUCGUCGCCGGUGCAGUUGCCGCGACGUCGCCCACUGACGCUACAGAUCGACGACGCGAUCGGCGAUUGUAACGCUGUAACGGUCGCUUCCUCCGCGACGGGUCCCGCCAAGCCUCCGCGACAAUGCGCGGUGGGGGCGGAACGCAGCCCGCGAUCAGCGCCGCUGGUGACGGCGGCGGCAUGCGCAUCCGCGCAAGCAGUGAUGGCGGGAGCGAAGUCCCCCGGAUCAAUCUCCCGGGGCGCGGCGCGCUCGUUCGGAUCCCUUUCCCCCACGGCAUUCCUUCCGCCCAAGUCUCCCGCUGCGCCGACCUGGGGCGCAGGCGCAGUUUCCGCUAGGGAGGAGGUGAGCAGGCCUGACGUGAGUAGACCGGAAACGAUUAAAUCCCCCAAAGGCGCGGCGCAGCUUUCUUCGUCCUCGGGAGGUCGUCACACGCGGAGUUUUCACGGGCAGCAGCAAAGUUUCCACGGACAGAACGGCGAGCCGCCCAGGCAGAGAACCAGUCAAGUAAAAAAAUCGGUGUCGUUUCCCGACAUGGCGUGUUUACACCCGUCCGGGCUUCCCGUGAAGGCCGCAGAGCGGAGUAACACUACGGGUAGCAGUAGCGUGAUUCACGGCGGAAACACGACAACUACUAGCAGCGGCUUCAGCCGUAUCCCAGGGGCCUCGCGCGGCGCGUCAGCGAUAGAAAGGUCAACUAGGAGAGGCGACUCGAUGGAUUUCACUAGCGAUCGCUUAGUAGCAGUAGAAGAGGACGAGUGGGGUCGCACGGGGAUGGAGAGGCGACGCGAGAGGAGGAGAGGAGGCAGCGAGGGGUGCGAGCCGGCAUUCGCGGAUGACUGGACGACGGAUCGCGACGAUGUUCCUGUAGCGAGAACGCUUGUAGCGAGUACGGCUGUAGCGAGCGGGUGGGAGCGCGAGAUAAGCUUAGCAAAUAUGCCUCUAGAUUCCGCGCCGCCGGUGCCAGUCGAGUCGCCCCGCCCGCCCUUCGCUGCUGCCGCCCCCGCGGACGCGCCUGGAACUGAGAUUGAUCUGCACGAUAGCCCUCCCUCCCCUUCCCCUCCCUCCCCACUCCCUCUCUCGCCCUCUCCCCACACUCUCCCUCGCCACCCUUUCUCUCCUCACUCUCCCUCCCCGCACUCCCUCUCUCCUCACCCCCCCUCCCAAGACGCUUCAAAACCCUAUGGCACAUCGCCUAUCCCUCCAGCCUUUCACGGCGCGACUCGAAAGAAGGACUCUCUUCCGCCUCUUUCCCCCACCUGCAUUUCCCCCCACGCCCCCCCCGCCGGACCUGCCUCCAAGGCUCGGCACGCCUACCCCCGGAGCAAGAGCUCCGAAGCAGGAGGUUCGGCACCAGAAGGCAAAUCUCCCGAACCUGAGUAUUCUCCAGGUUGGGAUGGUGUUGUCGAGGUGAACAGGGUGCAAUCCAUAGACGAACGGGUUCGAGGCUCGGGCCGAGCCUGCGCUGCCGAGGCUGAGGAUUCGCCUUGUGGACGGGACAGUUCGGGCAGCGCAGCAGCAGGGGGAGACGGCAAGGCGAGAGUGGGGUCUGAAAGAGUUGCGAGGAGAGGGCUCGUGAAGCAUGCGAGUAGUGCGGUGGAGAGGGGCAGCAGAGGGAACUCGUCAGGGGAUGCAGCUGGGGAGGGUUCGGGGAGAGGCGGAGGGAGAGGCGCGCACAGAAGGGCAGCUACAUGGGCCGACCCGAAAGAAUUGAGCCCGGCAGGGAGGGAGGAUGGAGGAGAAGGCGGGGCGCUUUCCAGGCGAUCACCCGGCGCUGCCACUGCUGCUGGCACAUGCGCGGCGGAAGCAAAGGCAGAUGGGAGCGGCCGUUGCGAGCCGAUUCAGAACCACUCUGGUGCCGACUCAACCCCAGCAACAUGCGAGGCGGACGCAGAAGCAGACGAGCGAGGCCAGUGGGAGGAGGCAGAGCUGCACAUCCAGACGCGGUUCUUCAAGGCGAGCCGCAACCGCCUCUUCAGCCUCGCUGCCAAAGGCCUCUCCUCCUUCUCCAAACUCCUUGCUGCUGCCGGCGCUGCUGCUGCUGGGGCGGCAGCUGGCAUGGGCGUGGGGGUGGUGGGGGUGAAUGUGCUAGGUGGGGAGUUUGGGGAGGUGGAGGCGCGGUAUGAGGUGGAGGGAGGUAAGGAGCUGGGCGCGGGGCAGUUUGGGGUGACGAGAGUGGUGGUGUGUCGGAGCACUGGGAGGCGGCUUGCGUGCAAGACCAUCAAAAAGGCUGCUUUCAAGUCCAAAUCCGACAUCGAAAACGUGCGUCGUGAAGUCGCCAUCCUAAACCUCCUCAAAUCCCACCCGAACGUAAUCCACCUGGAAGAACCCAUUGAAACCCCUCAAGCCAUCCACCUGAUAAUGGAGCUGUGCACGGGCGGCGAGCUAUUCGACCGCAUCAAGGAGCGGCGGCGGUACAGCGAGAGGGAGGCGGCGUUGGUGAUGCGGGCGGUGCUGGGCGUGCUGCACAGCUGCCACCACCGCCACCACGAGCUCCCUGCAGGGAGGUGCUCUAUCGUGCACCGCGACAUCAAGCCCGAAAACAUCCUCCUCGCCUCGCCCACCUCCCACACCGACGUACGCGUGAUCGACUUCGGCGUCGCGACCUUUCUCAAGCCGGGGGGGAAGCCACUGAGCGACGCGGUCGGGUCGCUGUUUUACAUCGCGCCGGAGGUGAUUGCCGGGUCGUACGGGACGCCGGCGGACGUGUGGUCAGCGGGCGUGGUCCUGUAUGUGCUGCUGGCCGGCGUGCCGCCCUUCUGGGCGGAGACGGAGGCCGGGGUGGCGCGGGCGAUCAAGGAGGCGGAGGUGGGCUUUAAGGGGUCGGCGUGGAGGGGUUUAUCGGAGGAGGGGAAAGAUUUGAUUCUCAAGAUGCUGGAUCGCGAUCAGAAGCGGAGGGUUUCGGCACAGGAGGCUCUAGCUGUUGGAAUUGGCGCGCUUAUAGCGUAUCUUGCUAUCAAGAAUGGAAGGAGAUUAAUCGACGGCAGGAGGAGCGUGACGAGCGGGAGCGCCGCCGGUUUUCGCGGUUCAAGAGUCGCCGCGCGGAGUAGCGCUGCGGGAGGCAGUGCUGCUGUUGCCAGCGGGAACGGCGCCGGAAAAUCUGGCGGGAAUCGCGGUGGUGGGACGCCGAAGCGGAGUCCGGAAGGGCUGAAACUGGUUGGGGGGAACGGAGAGGUGCAUCAGGAGCUGACGUGGCAGCUCCCCUCGUUACAAGAACCUUACAGGCCCUUCUUUGGACCACUGGCGAACUGCCACGUGGAGACCAUCUUUGCAGCCGUGGCGCGCUCCCUGCCAGCUGUGCGGUUCAGAAGGGAGUGCCUGAGAAUGGCGGAUGGUGGCACGGUGGCUCUUGAUUGGCCCGUUGGGGGCGAGGCGCUGGAAGGCACGUCGGCCAAUGGCGAGGUGCCACCUGGCACUCCCUGGCUGAUCCUGCUGGCAGGCAGGUUAGGGCACAGUGGCCUGCCAUCCCACCCUUGCAUCCCCCCUCCUCUCCUCUCCCCCUUGCAUCCCCCCUCCUCUCCUCUCCCCCUUGCAUCCCCCCUCCUCUCCUCUCCCCCUUGCAUCCCCCCUCCUCUCCUCUCCCCCUUGCAUCCCCCCUCCUCUCCUCUCCCCCUUGCAUCCCCCCUCCUCUCCUCUCCCCCUUGCAUCCCCCCUCCUCUCCUCUCCCCCUUGCAUCCCCCCUCCUCUCCUCUCCCCCUUGCAUCCCCCCUCUCCUCUCCUCUCCCCCUUGCAUCCCCCCUCCUCUCCUCUCCCCCUUGCAUCCCCCCUCCUCUCCUCUCCCCCUUGCAUCCCCCCUCCUCUCCUCUCCCCCUUGCAUCCCCCCUCCUCUCCUCUCCCCCUUGCAUCCCCCCUCCUCUCCUCUCCCCCUUGCAUCCCCCCUCCUCUCCUCUCCCCCUUGCAUCCCCCCUCCUCUCCUCUCCCCCUUGCAUCCCCCCUCCUCUCCUCUCCCCCUUGCAUCCCCCCUCCUCUCCUCUCCCCCUUGCAUCCCCCCUCCUCUCCUCUCCCCCUUGCAUCCCCCCUCCUCUCCUCUCACCCUUGCAUGCACCCCUCCCUUGCCUUGCCACCCAUGCAGCCGGGGCUAACUGGUGGCAGUGGCGACACAUAUGUGAGGCACAUGCUGGUGCGUUGACUGCUCCCUUAUCCCAUCUCAUCCCUCUCUCCCCAACGUUGCAGCCGGGGCUGACGGGAGGCAGUGGCGACACGUACGUGAGGCACAUGCUGGUGCCUUGA